UCUUUCUGAGAAACAAAGGAAAGAGCAACUGCAACCAUUUGCCUCCAACUUCCAAAAGAUCUAAAAUUAUGCACAAACUUAAAAAGAAAAAAAAAAAGGAAAAAGAAUUGAAGAUUCAUGAGUAAAUUGAUAUUUGAUACAUUGGAAACAAAAGUUUUUCUAUUUGUUUGUGGCCGGUCGCAUGCAGUUCAUCAUUGACCGCUAGUUGCCAAUAGCUAAUUGUAAACCAUUCAGCCAAACAUGCCCUUAGUAAUUAUAUUUAUAUCAUUGAUAACAUAGCCCAAGUCAUUGAUAAUGGAGAAACAAAGACAACAAUCACCGGAAGUUUCAUCAAUCCAGCAAAACUCCAAAAAAUAGCCGGCCAAAAAAGGACGGCAAACUCUAAUCUUUGCUUCAAUUUUCUUGUAAAAGGAUCAAAUAACACAGUGCCUUUCCCUUAUUACAAAACUUAGUUCCCAUUUCAUUUCUCCAUUUAUCUCUACUAUGUCACCAAGCAAUCUCCACAGCUUUGAUUCUCUGCCAAAAUUCCAAGAUUUUGAAAGAUGGGUUGUUGUUUUGGUAAGCCUUCAACAAUUCUAUCUUCUCCUUUCAAUCGAAGAAGCCUAGAUAAGUUGAAACAAGAAAGAGGAUAUAUUGGUAGGCCUAAUGGAGGUGAAGCUAGGGGAAAGUUGUUUAGGCAAGAAGGAGAUACCAAUAAUAAUAAUAAUAAGAGAGUAGUAGCGAUUAAUGGUGCUACUAAUAAUAAAAAUGGAGGUGGAGAGAAAUUUGCUGGUAAAGAAGUGUCACAGAAUGGUGGUGUUGGUAAUGCAUCACAAAGAAAUGUUUUGAAGAAGAUUGGUUUAGAUGAACUUGUUGAUGGAUGGCCUAAAUGGCUUGUUGAUAAUAUUCCUAAAGAGGUUUUGGCUGGUUUGGUUCCUAAAAGUGCUGAUUCUUAUGAUAAAUUAGCUAAGGUUGGGCAAGGAACUUAUAGCAAUGUGUAUAAAGCUAAAGACAGAGAGACAGGAAAAAUUGUUGCUUUGAAGAAAGUUCGGUUUGACACAUCAGAGUCAGAGAGUAUUAAGUUUAUGGCAAGAGAGAUAAUGAUGUUACAGAAGCUAGAUCAUCCAAACGUUAUAAAGCUUGAAGGAGUAGCCACAUCAAGGAUGCAAUAUAGUCUGUAUCUUGUCUUUGAUUUCAUGCAGUCAGAUCUUACCAGAAUCAUCACUCGUCCAGGCCAGAGACUCACUGAACCGCAGGUUAAAAGCUAUAUGCAUCAACUACUUUCAGGUCUCCAACACUGCCAUGAGAGAGGAAUUUUACACAGAGACAUAAAAGCAUCCAACUUAUUAAUAGACAAAAAUGGAAUGCUAAAAAUUGCAGAUUUUGGACUAGCAAAUUUCUUCAAUCCAAAACCAAAAAGACCUCUUACAAGUAGAGUAGUAACAUUAUGGUAUAGAGCUCCAGAAUUGCUAUUAGGGUCUACAGAUUAUGGUGUAGGCAUUGAUCUAUGGAGUGCAGGCUGUUUAUUAGCUGAAAUGUUCGUUGGAAGACCAAUUAUGCCUGGAAGAACUGAAGUUGAACAACUUCACAGGAUUUUUAAGCUUUGUGGUUCACCACCUGAAGAUUACUGGAAAAUCAUGAGAUUAUCUACAAGUUUUAGACCUCCUCAACAUUAUAAACCCAGUUUUCAAGAAGCUUUUAGGGAUUUUCCUGAAUCUUCCUUUGGUCUUUUGACUUCUCUUCUUGCUCUCAACCCUGCAUACCGUGGCUCUGCUGCUUCUGCUCUUCAAAGCCAUUUUUUCAGUUCUAGCCCAUUGGCUUGCGAACUUCCAGGACUGCCAGUAAUCUACAGGGAGGAGGAUGAGCCAACUCAAGCCAGUGAUAAGAAGAAGCGUAGGAGAUCGAAAAAGCAAUCCUCUCGAACAGGUCAAGAAGGACAUGGAAGAAGGAGUGUCAGUAUUCAACCGGUCAAAGAAGACACUGAAUCUUCUAAAGAGGUGGAGAGGUACUCAGAAUCAAACAUGAGUGGGCAAGAGACUGGAAACAGCAGCCAUUCCUCAAGUGUAAAAGGAGUAAGAGAAAGGGAAAAAGAAAGUCAAAGGGCAUCAUUUUCUCCGAUUCGACCAUUCUGGCCGAACAAAGCAUCAAGCUCAACGGUGAGAACUGAAGCUCAUCCAAAUGCAACAAAGAACAUCCAAAACUUCACUCUCUUACAAGCCUCCAUAACAGAUAUCAUUAACCACAACAAUAAUCGUCGAUCUCUUUCUACUUUGGAUUUACGUACACUUGAUCCGGAUAAGGUUUACAAACUCUUUGGACUUGAUAAAGAAAUUUAAGCCUUUUGAGUCAAUUAGUUAUUUGCUUGUAUGAAUAAAUUAUUUUAUUAUUGUUUGGUUUUGCAUUGAACAAUUAUUAGCGAGUUUCAUUCCAAUAAUCUUAAUUUUGUUGGUAAAUAUAUUUUUAAUUGUUGUCCACUAAAAUUCUAUUAAAUUCUACAAUAUUUAUUCC